AUGAACCAACUUGGUCUUCAUAAAUAUGUGCCGGGUUUCACUGGAUCCCAAAGACUGUUGAUCAGAACACUGCCUAUCAAGCUGAAAUUACUGAAUUCUGCCACAAGAAGUUGGUUUUACCGGCCAGUGGGCUGCAUUGUGCUGAUCAGUCUGGUUAAUGCUGUUUUUCAAUUUCAAAAGGGGGUGCUUUCUGGCUUCAGCCCCAGGAUCACGGCUGACUUGGAUCCCCAGUGUUGGAACAUUUGCUCUUUGACAGUGGUCGAUCUUGAAGAUCUCAAGACAAACAACAGUGAGUAUGCUUUCUGGAAUUUCAUGUUGUUCUUGCAAAAAUCCCAGUGGCCUGGCCAUUAUGAGGUCUUUGAGACAGCUUAGGAUUUCUGGGACAUGUAUAUGUACUGCUUGCUUUCAGGGUCUCACAGAAUGAGCAGAAGACAGGUGUUAUCUUUCAAAUAUGGUUUUCCAUAGAAAGUAACAGGAGAUAGACUAAGUGUGUACUUAAAAGUGUAA